UGAUAAAUGCUCGAAAUGUAUGGCAAGUGUCAGUUGUGUGAAGACUGUUGCAAAGAACGUGUGUUUGGUGCCUGAAGAGAAAAAAAAACUGGUGGAAAAUUCAGUCAGUUGCGGUUCAGAUACUUUAUAUUCAGCGUUGAAACUACACAAUAUUGCAUAUUCAGAAUGGCAUACUCGAAACUGGAUGUCAUUGAUCCAGAAAUCACACCGCUUGUGGCGUAUGAAAGCACCAUCAUGUCUGGAACUCACGGUGAUGUGUACCAAAAGCAGUUAGCCCAACUUCUUUUGCAUAGACUGACACGAGAAGGGAAGGAUUUCAACUUGGCUUAUGAACUGACAUUGGCGGAUAAGUUUGAUGACGUGGUACUGUACGAUAAGGAAGCUAAACAAUGGAUUUUUAUACAAUCAAAACAUGUCGACGGCAAAGAUUCAAAGAUAGAUCUCAAUGGCUUGCUUCCAGAAGCAAAUCGAGAAAAUGGAGAUUUCAGUUUGUACAAAUAUUUCACUUCCUACAUGCUUAUUCGAAACAGGUUCAAAGGCAAAUUUAAGUUUCUGCUGUUCACCAAUAAAAAACUUGAUGAAAAGUUAAAAACCGCAAGAAAUCACAUGUCGAUCAACGAUCAAGAAGUACACGAAUAUCUUCGCUUCAAUUUUGAAGGGGCAGCGCACAAAGUUAUCACACCGACUGAACCGACAAUUCAAACUAUCAUGGAAUACGCCAACAAAAAUUUGUAUUCCCUGGUGGACGCUCUUAAGGAACUUUUCACUACAGGAAUUAUUUCAAACGAGUUGCGGAAAUACAAAACUUAUUUAAGUGAUAUUUUGAAGGAGUCGAAAAACAAGCAAAUAAGUUUCAAAUAUACCUUCAACGACUCACUGAUUUUUAUUGCAAAAUUAUACAAAGUGCUUUCGCCGGAGCUACACAAUAUGAAACCAAUAGUUAAGCCACCAGAAUUAAACGUCAAUGAACCGGAAUAUGAGUAUGGCAGCUACCCACUUGUGGAAGGUCAAGAUUUCGAGCAGCUGAUUGGCGCCAUCAAAGAUCUUUUUCGUAGCGGAACUGUAUCUGAUCAUUUAAAAAAGUACGAAAAUCUUUUAGCUUUGAUUCUAACAACAACCGCAGAUGGUCAGCUGGUAUUCAAAGAUACAUUCAAUAGUGAUGCAAUCUGUAAAGCUGAACUGUAUAGAGUUUUGAAGGCGGAAUUGAGUGACAUGAAUAAGGAGGUUAUUACAAAACAGAAACUGUUCGAUGGAAAGGAUUCGCGGAACAAACACCAUCCAGUAUACGCUGAGGCAUCUGAUGUGCGAGAAUUUUUUGCGCUGCUCACAUUGUCAGUGCAUCAACCGAAUGAUCUGGAACCCUUCAUCGUCGAGGAGUUGCACUUGUGGAUGAGGCAGUGGCUGCGACCCGACGUUUUAGGUAAGCUAACCGAAGUCGAUGAUAAAAAUGCGGUGAGAGAUUUGGAUGAUUAUUUUGACGAAGCGCUUCAGUGCAAACAAGGUAAUUCCAAACCAUACUUAGGUCAAGAUUUUGUCACGCAGUAUUUCAACAGGUUACGGUUCAAAAUUGUAGAAAUGUAUCCGAUAUUGAAUGGCACCAAUCUGUUAUAUAUUAACAGAGUGAUUAGCUUUGAGGAAGAGGAAAAAGAGAUGCAUCAGCCAGAAACCUUGAAUACUCAUCAAUUUGAUGAAAACAUAUUACCUAAACUGAAUCAUGACUACCAAAAAUUUGCAUUCCGUAUCAAAAACACAAAAAUAUCUGGACUUGAAAUGACUAACACAAAAUCCCAUGUUGACAGAAUGGCUGCUAUGUCGUUUUUAGAAAAAAUGGGAACUGUUAUACAUGGUAGAUUAUCGCUUCUUGAUAUAACAUACGAAAUGUCAGAUAUACAGUUUGUAGCAAAUCUAAAGCAUAUGUUUUCACAAAAUCAGUGUUUAGUUUUAACAGCGGGCCCUGGUAUAGGUAAAACUGAACUUCUCCACUAUGUUGCGCUAGAGCAUCAAAAACUCGAAUCAGGAGCAGUUUUCUUAUUUCACUUGAACAGAAUACAAGAUUCAAAGGACGCCUUAGGCAAGAAUUCUUUAUUGGAUAUUCUCAAGCCUGCGUUGUCUAAAAAAAAAUUUGAACUCAUACAAAACGUUUUGGAUAAAAAAACUGAUGCUCACAUUACGAUACUGUUUGAUGGGUAUGACGAAAUACACGAGAAGAAUCAAAACAAAAUAGACAAUCUACUUGAAUUAUUGACAAAAUCAAAACAAAUUCAGCUUGUUAUUAGUGCAAGAAGUCAUAAGAAAAGUUCUUUGCAGAACUUUUUUCAGAAACACAAUUUGAAUGUCGGAUACUUUUCAUUGGAGCCAUUUAGCAGUAAAAAUAUAUAUGAUUAUCUUGCACAAUCUUGGAAAGAAAAUGAAAUAUGUGAUGUUAAUCCAAAAUUUAAUACGUAUUCCAAAUUUCUAAUCGAAAAAUUUUAUAGCUUGUGCAGAGUUCCAUUAAUGACCAAAAUGGCCUCUGAAAUCUACAAAUCACGUUACGAGCUGUUCAAGGCAUUAGAUAUAAAAGACGAAGUUGGAGAAAUAAGUUAUUUAGAUAGAGAGUUUCUAGAAAUUGAGCAUAUCUAUAAAACAUUUAUAGAAAAAUGUUUAGAAGUAAAGACAGAGGAUGCAUGCAAUGGUAUUGGAAAAGUUGAUUCGAACAAACAAAUUUUGGAUGGGUUUUAUGUUGACCAUCAAUUACUGGCAAUUAAAUUUCUUGAUAUUGAUGAGCUUAAGUUUGUCUUAAAAAACCCAAAAUACAAGAGAAAAUUGGAUAGCAUUCAAACUAAUCAUCAACAUCAGUUUGAAAAAUCCAUUCUUGUACAAUUUAUUGACGACGAGGUGUUUUUCACCCAUCAUUCAUACGCCGAGUAUUUUGUAGCGAACUUUCUUUGGGACAAUUUUGAAUACGUAAAAUUCACUAUUAAAAAAGUUUUGUCUUCUUUUCCGGGAAUAAGAAAAUUUUUUGUAAAAAUAAUUGAAAAAGAAGGCAUUUCCUUCGUAUCAGAAAUUGAUCAAGAGGCGUCUUUUUUUUCUGAAGAAUUUGUUUUGUGGGCUUGUGAAAGUAAUGCUAUUGAGUUGUUAAAAUUUGUACUUUCAAAAGGAAACCAGCAUAGACAGAAUGAGAAAGAAAUGCUCCAAAUUGCCAUUAUAAACGGCAGUGACAAAAUAUGUUCCUACUUGAUAGAUAACUGUCAAGUGCAUCCCGAUGUUGAAUUUGAUGGUGGACUUGCUCCUUUACAUGUGGCCAUUGGAUGUGGUCAAAGACAUAUAGUUCAGUUACUGCUAGAAAAUGGCGCUGACAUUAAUAUUCGGAACGCAAAAUCGAAUUCUUUAACUCCACUUCAUUUUUCAUGCCUGUUCGGUUUUAAAGAGGCUGUGGAAAUAUUAGUUAGGGAAAAAGCCAAUAUUGACGCAUUGGCUGAAAAUAAGUUCACGCCUCUUCAUUUGGCUUGCGAGAAUGGCCAUAAAGAGGUUGUGGAAAUAUUAAUUAAGGAAAAAGCAAAAAUUGACGCAUUGGCUAAAAAUAAGUUCACGCCUCUUCAUUUGACUUGCGAGAAUGGCCAUAAAGAGGUUGUGGAAAUAUUAGUUAGGGAAAAAGCCAACAUUGACGCAUUGGCUGAAAAUAAGUACACGCCUCUUCAUUUGGCUUGCCAUAAUGGCCAUAAAGUGGUUGUGGAAAUAUUAGUUAGGGAAAAAGCCAACAUUGACGCAUUGACUGGAGAAAAGUUCACACCUCUUCAUUUGGCUUGCGUGAAUGGUCAUAAAGAGGUUGUGGAAAUAUUAGUUAGGGAAAAAGCCAACAUUGACGCAUUGGCUGAAAAUAAGUACACGCCUCUUCAUUUGGCUUGCCAUAAUGGCCAUAAAGAGGUUGUGGUAAUAUUAGUUAGGGAAAAAGCCAACAUUGACGCAUUGGCUGAAAAUAAGUGCACACCUCUUCAUUUGGCUUGCGAAAAUGGCCAUGAAGAGGUUGUAGAAAUAUUAGUUCGGGAAAAAGCCAACAUUACCGCAUUGGCUGAAAAUAAGUGCACACCUCUUCAUUUGGCUUGCCAGAAUGGUCAUAAAGAGGUUGUGGAAAUAUUAAUUAGUGCAAAUGCCAACAUUGCCGCAUUGGCUGAAGAAAAAAUCACACCUCUUCAUUUGGCUUGCCUGAUUGGCGUUAAAGAGGUUGUGGAAAUCAUAGUUAGGGAAAAAGCCAACAUUGACGCAUUGAAUGAAGAUAAGUACACACCUCUUCAUUUGGCUUGCCAGAAUGGCCAUAAAGAGGUUGUGGAAAUAUUAGUUAGGAAAAAAGCCAAUAUUGCCGCAUUGGCUGAAAAAAAGUACACACCUCUUCAUUUGGCAUGCAAAAAUGGUCAUAAAGAAGUUGUGGAAAUAUUAAUUUGGGAAAAAGCCAACAUUGCCGCAUUGGAUGAAAAUAAUCUCACACCUCUUCAUUUAGCAGGCCAGAAUAGUCAUAAAGAUAUUGUGGGAAUAUUAAUAGACCAUUUCCGCCAAAAAUGUUUAUGUGCUCUUCGGCUUUCUGACAAUUAAAUGAACAAACUUUCCCAAAAAACCCACAUCACAGACAAAUUGACGUAACACUUCGAACAUUUUUCAAUUCAAACGUGAACGCCCAAUUCUAAAAGGACUCCAUCCACUAGGUGGCGAUAGUGGGCAAAUGUCAAACUCGAACAAAAACGAUGCGAGCGCCAUUGAUGGCCAGUUGGCCAAGCAUUAAAAAAAUAAUUAGACCGUUUAAUCGGUAUACGAUGGGAAUUAUAAGAGUGUUACGUCUGUUUGUCUAUGCCACAUGUUUUGAAGUUUUUGUCUAUUGGGAAACAAUGAAAAAUAUGCUAAGUAGCACUUCAGCAUCAGUCUCCUAUAUAUUUUUUUCCACAAAACCCGAUGAACCCGUUUCUCGUCAACGACUUUCUCGGAGAGUUGCGGAGAAUUUCCAACCAGCUGGCUGUCAAUUAUGACGAAUGAUAUUCUUAGUUUUGAUCUGCUUUCAUCCGCGCCGGCCGCCCUAAAAACGACGACAGCCGGGAAGAUUUCCGCGAAAAUUACGAGCCCAUUACGUUUUCAACCAAGCUAUGUUAACAUUCAUCUUUGCUAGAACUAAAGAAAUUAUUGAACCAAGUUGUCAGGAAAGUCAGAGAUGAAAUGAUGAACAGAAAUUUUAGUUAGCGAUAAAACCAAUGUUGAUGCAUUUACUCAAAAGAAGUCCACACCUCUUGAUUUGGCAUGCCAGAAAGGCCAUAAAGAGUUGACAAAAUAAUAAGAGAAAAGCCAACUUUGCCGGAAAUGUGGUCAAUUCAUGCAUUUUCUAUAAUCGUGUUGUCUGAUGUAUCGAAAUUUGCAGAAUUUUGAUGUUCACACCAGAUAUCAGAGGCAGGAUUAGCCACUUGGUGGUCCCGGAACCGGUUCCCAGGACCCCGGAAAUGUGGCCAAUUUUCUCAGUUUGUAUAAUCUUACCGUAUGGGACAACAAAAUUCGCUGAAUUUCAUAGAUUAUUCAUCAGUUAUCAAAUCAGCAACUGGAAUCAACAUUGCCCACUUGGUGGUCCCGGAACCAGUUCCGAGGACCUCGGACAUGUGAUCAAUUCUUGGAUUGUUUAUGAACAUACCGUGCGGAAUAUCGAAAUUUGCAGAAUAUUGAUGCGAAUAUAUCAGUUAUCAUGUCGAAUAUCAAAAGCAGGUUUUGCCACUUGGUGAUUCCAGACUGGGUUCCGGACGUUCCGAAAAUGUGACCAAUUUUGGCAUUUUAUAUGACCAUCUCGUGUGGCACAUCAAAAUUUGCAGAAUUUCAUAAAAAAAUCAUCAGUUUUAAAACCUACUAAGGGAAACAACAUUACCCACCUAGUGGUCAUGGGACCGGCUCAAAAUUCGUUGAAUUUCAUGGAUAAUUUUUCAGUUAUCAAACUACUGAAGAGAACAUUGUCCCCCAAGUGGACCCUGAACCGGUUCCCUGGCCUCCUAGCAUUAUGCCAGUUCUCGCAUUUUCAAUAACCAUGCCGUCCGAUAUACCACAAUUUCCACACUUUUUGGAGAAUGCAUAAGUUUUCGAGCCAGCUACGGGAAGCAACAUUGUUCACCUGGCAGUCCCAGAAUAUGAGGACCCCUGAUAUGUAAUAAAUUAUUUUAUUGACUAUGGUAAUACCAUGCAACCAGUAACCAUGUCAAUUGUCCAAAACAGGUUUGGCCACGGUUCCGGAAGCAGUUCCCUAGAUCCCUAGACCGGUGGUCCUCUAUGGACACGAGACACGGACCAUGCUUGAGUGGAACCUGCAAGUAUUUGGAGUUUCGACCGUUGCGUACUAAUCUUCGGCGGUGUGAAGUAGAAGGGUGAGUGGCGGUAAAGGAUGAAUCACGAGCUCGUUGCGCUGUACGGCGAACCCAAUAUUCAGAAGGUGGACAAAGCCGGAAGUAUACGAUGAGCAGGGCAUAUUGCAAGAAUGCUGGACAACAACCCUGCAAAUUUGGUGAUCGGGUCAGCACAAAAAUUGACAACAUUUCUCCGAGAACCGGUUCCGGGACCAUCAGGUGGACAGUGAUGUUUCCAGUUGUUCGAUAAUUGAUGAACUAUCUAUGAAAUUCUAUGAAUUUUGAUAAGUCUCACGGCACAUUUCAGGUGUCCAGGGAACCGGGUUUCGAACCAUCUAGUGGCCAAUCCUGUUUUUGGUAUUUAACUUGGCCACUGAUGUAUUCGCAUCAAAAUUCUGCAUUUCUUGAUAGAUCGGACAGCGUGAUCAAAGACAUUGCGGGAAUUGAGCACUUUUCCGGGGUUCUGGUAAUCGCUUCCGCGACUACGAGGUGGACAAUGUUGUUUCCCGUAGUUGGCUUGAAAACUGAUGAAUUCAUUAUAAAAUUCUGAGAAUUUUGAUGUGCCGCACGAGAUGGUCAUACAAAAUGCGAGAAUUGGUUACAUUCUCGGGGUCCUGGGAACAGGUUUCAGGAUCACCAAGUGGCUAAUUCUGCCUCUGAUACCUGAUGAGAGCAUCAAAAUUCUGCACAUGUGCAAAUGUAUUUUGAUGCAUCGGACAGCAUGAUCAUAGAAAAUGUGAGAAUUGACCUCAUUGCCGAGGUCUUGAGAACCGGUCCCGGAAACCUGUUCAGGAACCACCACGUAGAUAAUGUUGUCUUCACUUGCUGGUUUGAUAACUGAUGAAUUAUCUAUGAAAUUCUGCGAAUUUUGAUGUGCCACAUGAGAUGGUCAUACACGAUGCGAGAUCUGGCCACAUUUCCGGGGCCUCCGGAUCCGGGUCCGGGACCUCCAAGUGGCCAAUCCUGCUUUUCGUAUCUGAUGUGGCCACUGAUAUAUUCGCAUCAAAAUUCUGAAAAAUUCGCACGGCAUGGUAAAAAAAUUCGAAAAUUGAUCACAUUUUGGGGGUCCUUGGAACCGGUCCUGGGAAUCGGCUCCGGGACCACCAAGUGGACAAUGUUGUUUCCUGUUGCUUGUUUGAUGACUGAUGCAUUAUCUACACAUGAUGUUCUGAGAAUUUUGAUGUGCCAUACGGCAAGGUCAUACAAACUGCGAGAAUUGGCCACAUUUUCGGAGUCCUGGGAGCCGGUUACCGGGAACCUGUUCCAGGACCACUAAGCGACCGAUCCUGCUUUUCGUAUCUGAUGUUGCCACUGAUAUAUUCGCAACAAAAUUCUGCAAAUUUAGAUAUGUCGCACGGCAUAGUAAAAAAAUCGAGAAUUGACCACACUUCCGGGGUCCUCGGAACCGGCCCUGGGAACCGGUUCCGAGAUCACCAAGCGGACAAUGUUGUCUUCAGUUGCUGGUUUGAUGACUGGUGAAUUAUCAAUGAAAUUCUGCGAAUUUCGAUGUGCCAUACGGUAAGGUCAUAUAAACUGCGAAAAUUGGCCACAUUUCCGGGGUCCCGGGAAUCGGUUCCGGGGCCACCAAGUGGCCAAUCUUGCUUCUGGCUUCUGAUAUGGUCACUGAUGUAUUCUCCAUGAAAUUAUGCAACUUUUGAUAUGUCGCACGGCAUGGAUUCACCAUAUUUGUAAAAUGGUCACCUAUCGGGGGUCUCCGGGAAGCCGUUCCGAGGCCUCAAGAUUUAGUCCCGUGGCCACUUGAUAGCGAAAACUCAUCUGGUCAGUUAGCUUAGUGGUUGGUACAGUUUGAUGCUGCUUUUUCCGGUGCAUUUAGCACUCCAAUCAUUCAAAUCAGCUGCAUUUCGCAUAACUUAUUGCGAAAAAUACCAUCCUGCGAAAAUGGGCAAACCAUGGUCCCUCUGGCGUCGGUUCCAAGUGGCCACAUCCAACCGAACCUUAGUUUUGAGCCAGAUCCACAAAAUUCAAGCCCUAACGAUAAUUUUGAGUACAAAAACUUUAUUAUUUUAUUGAGAGUGACUGUGAAAUCGUUGUAUCAAAUCCGGGUCAUGACCCGAACACCUUAAACGUAACUUUUUUUGUCCAGCCCUUCACAAAUGGCCAAAAUUAUCGGUCAAAAUUUUAAAAAUAAGCUUUUGGCAAAAGAUUAAAAGUCACAAAGUAUCAAAGCUAUAGCAAAUCAGGAUCAAAAGAUAUUGCGCCUGGAAAGUGCGAUCUGGGUCAUAUUGAUCCGAACACCGUAGGAAGGUUAACCAAACCCAUGGCUGUUUUGAUAACAUAAUAAACUUUACCUUCAAAUAGGCUCAGAAGAGACUAUCGGUAGUGUUCCGCAACCGGUUCCGGGCCGGAAGUGACACCAAACCCAUGCAUGCGAUAGCUCAAAUCACGGCUUUUUAGGUAACAUGGUGAACAGUUGCAAGAAAAUAGACGCAAGCCAUAUCAGUGUGUUACGAAACCGAUUACGGGUGUCCCACCAGAAAUGGUCAAACGUAAAAGAGAACCAAUACAUGCGACAUAUCAAUGACUUAUACAGUAAUAAGAUAACCGGUUAAUCAACAAAUAAUCUCAGACCAUAUUUGGGAAAACCGGUAGUGUUCCAGAACUGGUGACAAGACGAGUAACGCGUCGGAAGUGGUAAAAUAUAGAAAGGAACUAAACCAUAGCGGCGUUUUUGAUAAUCUGAUGAACGGUCAACAAGAAAAUAGUCUCAGGCCACAUCUAGAACUUGUAAUAAAUUUGCCGAACGGUUAGCAAGAAAAUAGCCUCAGAUCACAUUAAAUUUCGGCUUUUCAGGUAACUCGAUAAACAGUUGACAAAAACAUAGUCUCACACCAUCUUUGACCAUAUAAAGGUGAACAAAAUAUAUGUCAAAGCGAUAAAUCAAACUGUGGCUUUUUUGAUAGCAUGUAAACGUUGGGUAAGAUUAUAAGAUCAUAUAUGCAAGAGAACACACCAUUUCAGAUUCCUGCGGUGUAAAUGUAUAGUAGGAUGGAUCGACGUUUUAUGGAAAAAAAAAUAUAAUUUAAUCGCAUCAACACCUUAUACAGUUUUUCAAUCUUCAAUCUCUUUAUGCUUCUAAAAUUACUGCUUACAAUUUGGGUGCGGCUAGUUGAGCCCUCACUUUUCUUAUUGCGAUUGAAAUUUGAAUGGAAAUGAAAUUCAAGAAUUCGAAAGCAUUUUUCUCGGAGGAAGGUCAACUUUUACAUGAAUCAUGUUACCAAUGAUAAUAAAAUAUAGCCUAAAGUGUGCUGAAAUAAACAUUGGCGAAGAUCACAAAGUGAUCUGUGAUUGUGAAUAAAGUUAACUUUCUUCAUGCAUUAGCUGGCGCUCACCCCGCUGCCGUAGGGGAUGGAAUGGGGUCAUAAUGACCUCAAUACAUGACUAGGGUUAAGGUAAUCAAGCAGUCAACUGAGAGGUCUGAUAUUUUUCAGCUCUGUUUUGCUGUUGAACAUAACAUCGGAAUAUGCAUCAUCAAUAAGUUUCGAAAAUCGAUGAUGGCUUUAUUGAAAUUGUUGCUUUUCUAUAUGAAGUGUUUUCAGGAUUCAGGAACAUUUUGCUAACACCGACGAAAAGUUCAUGAGUACAUAUUCGACGAGAAAGGCACUAUCACCACUAGGUGGAUUAAUCUGUGUUUUAUUUCAUUACAUUUCUUUGGAGAUUUGUUUUGAAAAAUCAACUGUGUCUCCACAGACGUAACUCUUUGAACAUUUUGCGAUUCAAAUCAUAGUUCGCCCAAUGCUAAAAGGAUCGAGCUUAGCCUGGUUUCGUCAACCAAGAACCAUGUGGUGGUAGUGAAUAAACGUCUAACUGGAACAAAAACGAUGCGAGCGCCACGGUAGGACAGUUUGCCAACUAUCUGUUUCUUAAAUAGACCAUUUAAUCAGUAUUCACUGAUAAUUAUUAGAGUGUUACGUCUGUUUGUCUGCGGUAUCUCACUGUUUCUAAGCAUUACACUCUGGGUGAUUUCAGGCUUUCCGCAGGAAUUUCUCUGAUGUCCGAAGUCCGGAGUUUCCUUCGAAAGCUUGUCAAUCAACUCCUCAAACGAUUCUUUCGAAAAUUUAUCGAAGGAAUUCUUUGAAAAUUCAUCCAGUGAAUGCUUGUGGAAUUACUCCACGGAUUUUUGUUGCCAUUACAUACUUGGAGUAAUCAUGAUAGAAGUACCGCCACAGACUAAUUUCGGUUGCAUUCCUGAAGCAAUUCUGGGAUGUUUUUCCCCGACAAUUGGGAUUAUUUCUGAAUAGAUUUGUCGAAAAAAAAACUAUGCGGAUUGGAGACACCGUUCAAUAUACAGUAUGCGGCAGGAAAAAAUGCGAAAGUGUUUUUCAACUUCAAACCUCAUUUUCGUCCAUUUGACAUUAACCAAUCUAUGUUUCAACGUUCCAUGAUCUAUAAUAGGCUAGUUUUCUGAAAAGUUAAUUAAAAAAUUUCCCAUUUUGGUCACUAACCUUUACAGGACGACGCCUGAAGAUGAAGACAACCAGAAUUUCCAAACCGCAGAAAAUCGCACAGGUCGCUAAAUUUCGCAUCUGAUAAAACAAAAUUUUUGAUUUUCUCUACAAUAUCAUCAAAUAUAUGUACUUAUUUCAUCUGGUAUGUGAAACUACAUGGCUCUGGAUCAGUGUGGUCUGGUUGUUCAUCGAAUUUGAGCUAAUUUUGUUACUGUUUUAGUCAUUUUGUUUAAUGACCAUUGGGCGCGCAGUUUAUUGAUACCCGCUUAUUAGGCUUACAUUAUCACAUGUUAAACAUCAAAUAUGUUCAUUUUUAUUUUGCAGUGCUAUAAUAUAGACAUUGACUGAUACACUGUCAUGAAAAAAUAGUCGUAUAUGUCUAAUAUUUAGCGUGUAAUAGUGCCUUGAACUUUUCGCAUUUUUUCCUGCCGCACCCUGUAUAUGGUGGGUACUUGAGAGAAUUCAACUGAUAUGUGAGAUUUUAGCUACUUUCUGCAAACCCAAACCGGACAAAUCUAAAUCAGCCGUUUUGAUUCCCCACGACUGCAGCGCCGUUAAAAGUAGCCAAAAAUCAAAUAUUGCUGAAGGAGUUUCAGCAUGUAUUUCUAAGGCUCCUUUCAAUGUUGAACUUCUUCCAAAUCCAAACACUUUUUCAUACACUUUUUUGAGAAAAUCCUCAUCUAUUCCCGACUGGCGCGCAAAAUAAAUGACUUAUUUAACUCGUAUUUGUGUAAAAACUUCCAUAGUAUCGACAAUUUAACAUAGGGUUGGUCCUGCUCUUAUCGAUUGCGUUCCACUCCGGGCGGAGAUACAUGUAAAAUUUCUCAAAGUAAUAGGGGAUAUCGGGGUUAUUUGAAGAUAUUUCAAUUUUUAAAGCCGUGCGGUGAGCCAAAUCAGCUCCAUUCGAUACAACGGAAGUUUUUACACAAUCACGACUUAAAAAAACAUUAAUUUUGCACUUCAGAAAUUUUCGAAAAAGGUGAAUGAUAGAGAGAGUGGGGUAAAACGAGCUAAAUACAUUGACUUCCAACAUCGUGCGGCGAAUGACACGUUCCUUAUCUGAAACUAUAGAGAAUUUUACAGUUUGUGUCAAAAAUUCAUUCAAAUCCAUUCACUCCGAGCAAAGAUAUUGGAUUUAUUCGCGUUUUAUACCUAUUUUUUUGCCAUUGCACAGUGGGAAAAAAUAUGUAUAAAACGCGAAUAAAUUCAAUAUCUCAGCUUGGAGUGGAUGGAUUCGAAUGAAUUUUUGACACAAACUGUAAAAAUCUCUAUAGUUUCAGACAAGGAGGGUGUCAUUCGCCGCAUGAUGCUGAAAAUCAGUGUAUUGAGCUCGUUUUACCCCGAUCUCUCUUUCUCACAUAUUUUUGAGAAUAUCCUCAUCUAUUCCCGCCUGGCGUUCACAAUAAAUGCCUAAUUUAACUCGUAUUUGUGUAAAAACUUCCACUGUAUCGGCAAUUUGACAUAGGAUUGGUCCUGCUCUUAUUAUUUGCGUUCCACUUCGGACGGAGAUUCAUGUGAAAUUUUAAAGAAAAAGAGGAUGUCGGGGUAAUUUGAAAAUAUUUCAAUUUUUAAGGCUCUGUGAUCAGCCAAACCACCUCCAUUCGAUACUACGGAAGUUUUUACACAAACACAGACUAAAUAAAUCAUUUAUUUUGCACUUCAGAAUUUUUCCAAUAAGGUGCAAAAGAGAGAGAAUGGGGCAAAACGGGCCCAAUACACUGAUUUCCAGCAACGUGCGGCGAAUGACACCCUCCUUAUCUGAAAUUAUAGAGAUUUUUACAGUUUGAGUCAACUUUUCAUUCGAAUUCAUCCACACCGAGCUGAGAUAUUGAAUUUAUUCGCGUUUUAUACAUAUUUUUCCCAUUGUGCAUUGUGCGACGGUUUAUUAUUAAUAUUCAAGGGAUAUUUCCACAACAUCAAGAUGUACGUGCAUGAGACCACUUCCAACCGCUUUAUUUUCCGAUGCGUCUCUCCAAGCUGUAACGCAACCAGAACAAAUGCCAGGCUUAGCGGAAGCCCACAAUUGGGUUGUUCAGUGAAUAUACCUAUGGAGGUUUUCGGCUUUCAGUCGCGGGAAAAGCGUUGAUAAGUUUUAUAUCAUUGCCAACGUUUCGAUCCUUGGGUUGGAUCUUCCUCAGGGUUCGAUCUUAAUCAACUUGUAAGGGUCGUUCCUUGCACACGAUCGUUUGUCUGUGUUUUUAUUCCAUAAAACACUGCACUUUUUCCGUUCAUCACCAGCACCCCGGUAGGAUGUUGGGUGGGUGGUGUUUCGUACCACGACGUUUACGGUGAAGUGAAAAAUCAAUGCAUACUAGAUUAUGCAUGCUCCAAUUGCUUCGAUUUACCGCCUAAGGUAAGCGCUCUAGUCGGAUGCACUUGUUCGCCGAUCGAUCGUAUGAGAAACGCAAAAGUGGGAUGUCUUGUACUUCAACAUCUUUGCAGGUAGUAUUCUUGAAAGCAUUCUUACAUGUGUUCAUAAAGGCAUCAUAAUGAGCAUUUAUGAAGGCGUCUCUAUACCGUCUACCCUCGUUGGUUUGACCGCAUCUAAUCUGAACACUAUUUAAUUUGUCCCCCGCUAAUCUGUACAUCGUUCAAACUAAAAAUGGUUCAAACGUCAUUCUGCUCUUGGAAUGGGGUGAAACGGAACGCAGAAUCAAAACAAAACAGCAAAAAGGGUUACCGUUAGUGUGUUUUUCGAUGUCCACAGGGUUACUAGAAGUUCGAAUCAAAAAAUGAACCCCGUUGGUUUGCAUGAGGUGUCGUUCAAACCAACGGGGGUAGACGGUAGUGUUUUGAUAUUAAUCUGCUAAUAAUCUACCCAUCUAGAGUUUGAAUUUGUAGAUGCAUUUUUGAAGAAAACAUUGUCGGUUUUCUUUUGGGGCUCCUCAGAGGUAUUUUUGAACAAAUUCCCAAAGGUGCAUUUGUCUAGAGUUGUAUUCCUGAAGCAAUGCUUUGAAACAAAAAAAAAACCCUAAAUGUAAUUCCACCUCGGCUAUGAACCGGCCUAUGGCCGAAAACCUCGUCAAUAGAAAAAACCUCUAUGAAGAAUUUUUUUUUAUUUUGAUACCUAAGAUCUGUUUAAGAAAUAAAUAGAAAACAUUUGAAUUGUUUUUUGUUUCAGAAAUCAAUUGAAGAAAAAAAAACUGAAUAAUGCGCGGUUGUAUUUUAUAAAAACUUCCGAAUUCUGCGAACAUUUUUUUUGUCUCUCGAAAGCAAUCGAAGACGUGAACAACUUUACCGAAAUAGUGCCUUUCUAUAGAGCUUGCUUACAAUUUAAGAUGUACCGUGCCGUGGCAAACCCAAAGUGAAAGCUUCUCUGUUCACUAGCGCCAUGGGACAGAGGAAUUGAAAAUAAAUUAAUCGGAUUUUUUAAAUGUUUGACUUUUUAUUUUCUUUUUAUAACUUUAUACGAAAGAGCGCCAUUUUCUGAGCCACUACGAUUUUUUUUUCAGAUUUCUAGAAUUUCUAACCUCGUAUCCGUGCGGUUGGGGUCACUAAGUUUCUAAACGCACCAUGCUUUGGGGUGAGGGCUCGAUUCCCGCUGCGGAUGAAAAAACUUUUCGUGAGGAUAGGUUUUUCUCCGUAUCCACUGGUCCAUGCUCAGUGUGCCUCUUGUCUAGUUGUUAAGUUUCGUUCAGUUUGUACUGCCUCUGUUUGAAGACAAGUGUUUGUGUCUUCUUUUAUUUUGAUACCUAAAAUCAAUUUCAUAGGAAUUCCUUUCAGUAUCCAAGAAUGUUUUUGACCACCUGGCAAUCUUUUGACUCAUUUGUUCAUAACUUAGUACACAAGCCUAAUAUGUUAUGUUCGGUAAACUUGUUGAUUAAUGUUUCCGACAAUUUUCAUCAAGGACGUCAUAUUCUUACUCUCAUAUUUACGGCGUGAAAGCUAAAUCUGACUAGGGGUGAUUCAGAAAAUCGCUUCUAUACAAACUUCAAAUUAAUGUAAUGUAAAUAGGUUGCCGGACACCAAUGUUCAUGAAUAACUUAUUGUUUCAACACCGCAAAAGAAGCCUAUUGACAAGACGUUCGAAAUCAGCUGAUUCCCCAAAACUGUCUAAGACCUGUAUCGUAGUUGAUUAUGCCUGCACCAAAAUAUCAAGCUACAGCUGUACAUUAAGCAUUUAAAAGCGUUUACUAAUCAGGGAGCGUCGUAUGUCAUUUAUUGCACUUUCUGUAGAUAAAGUAGAUGUAAGGCAAUUUUCAAACUGUAAAUAAUAUACAACAAUUGUGAGAUUGUGCGUAAAGUAACAAAUGCAGCCCUCGAACAUUGUAUAAAACUUGAAAUAAAAUACUUUUAUUAAAA